AUGUCUUGGCUAAAGUUUUUUAUUAGAGAUCUUUUGGAACUUGACUAUGCUAAAGCUUUUCUUGCGAUCUUUAGUUUUGAUUCAGAGUUUACUGGGGCUCUUUUUGCAACAAUGAAAAGUUUUUUUUAG